GUAAUUCGUUGCCAAAAAGUUAUGGGUUUGCUUCAAAGCCAACCGAAUCUCACUCCCCUUUCUCUUACUCGAUCUCUCUUCUCUUCUUUCAUUGCAUCUCUCUCUCUCUCUCUCUCUCUCUCUCUCUCACGUAUAUAUAAAUAAAUGCCCACACUUUCAAGCUCUCCAAAAAUCCAUUGGAUUUAAUUCAGCCUUUUGCUCUCUCUCUCUCUCUCUCUCUUCUUCUUCUUCUUCUACUACUACUACUACUAUAAACCCCACCACUCUCUUGCUUAGCCAGCUUCAUCUGUCUCAUCUCUCCCCCCUUUUAAAACAGAGCCACUGGUGAAAAAAGUUUCACAUAUUUUGAAUAUGGGUCAGUUGCAAGAGGAUUACACCCACAUCAUCAAAGGAAAGCGCACCAAGCGGCCCAGGUCUCUACAAGAAAAGCAUGAUUUGGCCACGGAAUUUCUCACUGAAAAUAAUGGAAAAUCCGUCGCUAAUUUUUUAGCCUUAACCAUGGCUUCUAGCUCGUCCAGCAUGGCUGAUAGUGGCAGCUCCGGAGGUGGUGUUGAGAAAUUAGGUGGGUCUGAUAGGACCAGCUCCGGAGAGGUGACGGACGGCACGGAAGACGAAGACAUGGCCAACUGCUUGAUUCUUCUGGCUCAAGGCCAGACCCAGAAGCCAUUAGUGGAAACCAAGGCCAAGCUUUAUGUUUACCAGUGCAACACUUGCAGCCGGAGCUUCCCGUCGUUCCAAGCUCUGGGCGGCCACCGAGCCAGCCACAAGAAGCCGAAGCCAACCGGAGAAGAGAAGAAGCCAAUAUUGGAAGAUGAUCAAUUCAGCAGCCACGAAACCACGGCCCUUUCUCUGCAAUUUCCAUAUCACCAGGUUCCGGUUUCACCAUGCAAGAGCGUCAAAACGAGGGUUCAUGAUUGUUCCAUAUGCGGCGCAGAGUUUUCCUCCGGCCAAGCCCUAGGCGGCCACAUGCGGCGGCACCGGACCCUGCCCGCCUCCGCCGCUGCCGGGGGCGAGCCCCAAGAAGUAGUGGUGAAGAAACCAAGAAAUAUUCUGGCACUGGACCUUAACCUUCCGGCGCCGGAAGUAGAUCACCGGGAAACCAAGUUCCCUUUUGCCUCUACAGAACAAGUCAUCGUCUUCUCGGCCUCUUCUCUCGUUGAUUGCCAUUACUGAAUUUCAUGUAAUUGAUUCUUUGUGUAUUCUUUACAAUUUAUUAUCACGAUCAUCGAUCUAGUAGUCGAAUUUAUUCUUUAAUCAAUGGCCUUGUGACUACUAAUAUUCAUUCGGUUCAUUGAAACU